AAAACACUCCCCACAACGCGUGAAAGACACGGUCCCCAAUAAAUUAAAUUGCAUCCCCCCGACGGUUCGGCUUCAUCAACCCACGGACAUUCCACCAAGCCACAAGCCACAGCUAGGAAUUCAACCAUCUCACGGCGUUCUCAUCCCCCACCAUACUGCCAGUUCGACUGAGAAACGCAUCUGCACACCAUGCAGAGGGUGAAACCCGAGCCGGUGGAUGAUCCCGGUCUCGGGGUCGUCGGCGAUGCAGACAAUACGAAUAAUUCGAGCAAUGUAGACAGCAUCAUUAACCCUAGUUAUCUCCAGCAACUUCUUGCUCCAGGGAGCUCGCCUGAGCUUCUUGAGAAUGGUGUCAGCAUCGGUACACGACUACUUAAAAGCUUGAAGGGGCCACUGGAGGGUGGGGCCACAGAGGCUGCAAGUUCUCAGUGGCUGAAGUCCAUCGAUGAUCUUGAAGCGCUUGCAAAGCCCACACGCACCAUCGUUGGUGUAGUGGGUAACACAGGUGCUGGAAAGUCGUCUGUGAUCAGUGCGGUGCUUGAUGAGGAAAGACUCCUCCCCACCAACUGCAUGAGAGCAUGCACCGCCUCCCCGACCGAAAUCUCAUACAACUACUCCGAAGUCCCUGAUGAGUUGUAUCGUGCGGAGGUCGACUUCAUCACCGCUGAUGACUGGAUCAAAGAUCUCCGCGGUCUUUACAGCGACCUCCUUGACGGUAAUGGCGAAAUUUCUCGCGAGUGCACGAACCAGGACAGCGAUGCCGGCGUUGCAUACGCCAAGAUUAGGGCUGUCUAUCCCAAAAUGACCAAGGAGAUGAUCACCCAGGCGACCCCCGAGGGCCUCGCCAAUCAACUGGUUGUCCGACAGGUGCUUGGGACCGUCAAGAAGCUUCGAGCAACCACGGCUGCGAGCCUGUACCGUCAGCUACAAAAUUAUGUCGACAGCAAGGAGAAGGACACUGAGAAGCGCAUGGAGUACUGGCCUUUGAUCAAGGUUGUCCGCAUCUUCACCAAGGCCUCUGCCCUGGCCACUGGCGCUUGCAUUGUCGACCUGCCCGGUGUUCAGGACUCGAACGCGGCUCGUGCAGCCGUCGCAGCCAACUACAUGAAGGCGUGUACUGGACUGUGGAUUGUCGCCCCUAUUACCCGAGCGGUGGAUGACAAAACCGCCAAAUCGCUUCUUGGCGACUCCUUUAGACGUCAGUUGAAGUACGAUGGCACAUAUUCCGCCGUGACAUUUAUCUGCUCCAAGACGGACGAUAUCUCUGUCACCGAAGCGUCAGAGAGUCUAGGCAUCGAAGAGGAAAUCUCCGAGUCAUGGUCCAGGAUCCAAGAGCUCUCGGACGAUACUAGGAGACUGAAGUCUGACAUGGCCGACCUCAGGGAUGAGCGAGAUGCUUGCAGUGAUCUUGUUGAGAAGAUUGAGCAUACCUCAGACAAGUGGGAGAUCUUGAGCGGCAAACUGGCUGACGGGAGCACCGUGUACCCGCCCCCCAACACCCCCAGCAAGAAGCGCAAGCGGCAGUCCGAACCAAAGGGCAGCCGUAAGAAUCGCACCUCCAGUGAUCUCGAUAGUGACUUCUCCGACACGGACGGCUCAGACUCUAGCGAUAAGGAAAACCAAGAGCACGUAGUCGAAGACAGGGAACCACUCACCGAAGAUCAGAUCGAAGCCAAGCUCGCGUCUCUAAAGGCCGAGAAGAAGGAGGUUCGAGUGAAGAAAAAGGAGGUCGAGGAGAAGAUCAAGGUCGUCCGUGAGAAGAUCAAGGAGUUUGCUACGGAGAAAGAAAUGCUCCUCGCCGAGGUGAAAGCUGUCUGCAUCCAGGGCCGGAACGAGUACUCGAGGCGAGCAAUCAAGCUGGACUUUGCGAUGGGCAUCAAAGAACUCGAUCAAGAGAACGCGGCGGAGGAGGAUGAAGCCAACUUUGAUCCAGAGGCCGACCUUCGGGACUACGACGCGGUCGCCGCAUCCCUCCCUGUAUUCUGCGUCAGCAGCCGUGCUUUCCAGAAGCUGAGCGGCCGGCUACAAAAGGACGACUUCAACGGCGGCGGCUUCCAGUCACCCGACGAUACCGAAAUCCCUCAGUUGCAGGCGCAUGCUAAGAAACUCACCGAAGCCGGCCGAGCUGCCAAUUCUCGGCGAUUCCUCAACAACCUCCUGCAGCUACUCAACUCAAUGACCAUGUGGGCUUCGGACGACGGAACGGGAUCGAGCUUAUCCAACGCAGACAAGGCAAAGGAGGAAACACGCCUGCGGAAACAACUUCAUAAGAUGGAGCAGGAUCUCGAAACGACCCUGGAAGAAUGUAUCACAUCUGUACGAACGGUUUUGGAGGAGAAUGUUUUUGAGAACUUUGACAAGUACAUACCCGCGGCGGUCGAGGCAGCGCUGCCAACGGCGACGCAAUGGGGAGCGCAUAGAUCGACGGGCGGGUUGCUAUGGGCGACAUACAAGGCAACGUGCAGGAGGAACGGUAUCUUCUCCGGCUCUUCUGGCCCUCGGGACUUCAACGAUGAGCUCUUCAGCCCCAUCUCGAAGCACCUCGCCAACGGCUGGGAACGUGCCUUCCAACGCCGCCUUCCGCAGGCCCUGGAUAGCUUCGCUCGCCACAUCAAGACACGCUUGUCGAAGUUCCACCGCGAGGCAACCGAGCGGGCUAGAGAACGGGGCACCCAGUACACCGCCCUGAACAUGCUGAAUCAACAACUCGGGGCGCAUUCGGUUCGCAUCUCGGACGUGGGGGCGCUCUCUGUGUCCCUAGCACAGGAACUGCAGCGGGAAGCCAACCGAGCCUUCACGCCCGUCAUUCAAGACGAGAUGACGCCGGCCUACGAGGGCUGCGUGGCUGAGCGAGGUCCCGGCUCCUACAUGCGCAUGAAGAACCUCAUGCUGGCGCACGUCAACGAUCAUCGCGAGUCUAUGUUUCGCGUCGCCACCAAUGUGGUACAGGAACAGCUCGAGGAGAUGUGCGACAAAAUAGGAGAGCAAUUGGGGGUCAGUGUCGAAGAGCUGCAGACACGGCUUGCGCGCGACUACCUCGCGGUGCUUAUUGGCGUUGAUGUUUCUUCUGUUGGCAUGGGGCCUUCCCGCGUGGAGCUGAUGUUGCGUGGCGAGAUGGCGCCGCUGUUGCGCAAGGCUGAUCGCUUCUUUGCUGAGCUUUUCCCCGGUCAGGAAGUCAAGUACGCCAAGGACGAGGAGGAUGGUGGAGACGACCAUGAUGAUAAGAAGGGGGAGGAUGACGACGACUUCGUCAAGAAUGAGCCGGAGGGGUCGGCGCAAGACUCCAUUACGGCCAAGGGGGAGGGUUGGGAUUGGGACUGAUGGGCUUUAUCUCUUUUUUUUCGGGCCGGGUAAAGAAGGAAAAGGAAGAGGGAGGCAGGGGCAAUCCCUUAGCGAUGUUUUCCGGCGGUAUUUUGCUUGUACGUACGUUAGGUACUUGUGUGCGGGUAAGGUAAUUGGGAGGAAUCAAUGUGAGCAAACCAUAGAUAAUGGCAGUAAUAUCACUGUAGACUCUUUCUUC